AUGAUAGCCUCUCUGGCGCUGAUACCUCCCCAUAACAACACGCCUCUCGCUAAGGAUCUCCUUCAUCCCUCUCCAGAAGAGGAGAAGAAACACAAGAAAAAGCUCCUGGUGCAGAGACCCAAUUCCUACUCCAUGGGUGUGAAAUGCCCACAAUGCUAUAAAAUCACCACUGUCUUUAGCCAUGCACAGACGGUAGUUUUAUGUGUUGGCUGCUCCACCGUCUUCUGUCAGCCUACAGGAGGAAAAGCAAGGCUGACGGAAGGCUGCUCCUUCAGGUAG